CACUAAUGAGUCUCAAAAUACUGAGUCACCCACUAAUGAGUCACCCACUACUGAGUCACCCACUAAUGAGUCCCCCACUAUGGAUUCACUCUCUAAUGAUUCUCCCAGUACUGAGUCAUCCCCUAAUGAGUCUCCCACUGCUAAGACUCCCACUACAGAGUCACCCUCUACCGAGUCACCCACUAUUGAGACUCCCACUACCGAGUCACCCACUAAUGAGACUCCAACUACUGAGUCAUCCAAUAAUGAGACUCCCACUACUGAGACGCCAACUAAUCUGUCUACUACCCUUAGGGAGUCUCCAACACGAUUAACUCCUGAUGUUUUAGAUGUUUUCCGGAAACCUCUGGACAUAAGUAAAUCUUUCGUUUCAACGUUUUAUUGAUAUCUUUAUUUGUGUAUUAGAUUUUAUUUCGGUUAUACAAGUAUUUUGUGAUAUCUAUUUUACUUACGGAGUGGCUAUUCACAUUCGUCUAUGAAAAAUAAUUGUCAGCGUCAGUAAACCAUUUAUGGGCUGGGAAUAACGUUAAGCGGUUUUUCCAACUGACUGCUGAUCACGGCUCACUUUUAAUUACAUGUAUUCUGAUUUUUUCCUUUUCAGUGAACGCUGUGAUCAAUGCUGAAUUUGAUAUUAAAUUUAAAGAUAAUUAUACAGACGCGCUGGACAAUCAACAAUCUGAUGAGUUUAAAAACACAUCUAGGAAGUACGAACACCUGGUAAGAUAUAUUUGAUUUUGAAGUUUAACACCCAUUAACUAUUUAUGACAAUUCUCUACAAAUAAAGCAUGCGGAAUAUUUCUAAAUUGUUUUUUGUUUUUUGCUAGAAUAUUAUCUAAAAGUGUAAGAUAGGCCAAGGGUCCUUUAUUGUAGUUAAUAAUAAUUUUCUUAUCUUAAACUUUCAGAUAAUAUUCGAGCAAAAAUUUUUUUUUAAAAUCCUCAUGCAUUAAUGGUAGAGAAUAGUCAUAACCUACCAUUAUGUUCCAGAUAACAUCGGGUCAUUUAUUGUAGUUAAAAUAAUACGAUGUCAUCGGGAUAAUAAUGGUAGGUCCUUUGCGAUAAUUUUCCACCUGCUAUUGCAAAAACUCAUCACAUAUCAUAACUUUAAAAAUAAGUAUCUAUGUAACGAUAUUUACAUUACUAACAUCAUUACGUUUUGAGAAGUAUUUAUCUGCUAUAUAUUAUAAGCUUUCAUGCCCCUCAGUUACAUUUUUUUUUCUCUCUCUAAACAUGACCUUUGAUUGCCCGAUCUUAAUGACCACAUAACUAGAUCAGUUUUGUCACUAGAGAAGUUUAUUGAGGGAUGAUUUAUACGCCAGAGAAACACUUACGAUUUAACCCGAUUACUGCCCUUAAACCAUAACGUUUUUUUUUCUCUACAAGUUGUGAAAAACAUAAAAUUAAAUUUAGAACAAAAACACCAUAUAUGAUAAAAAUAUAUUUUAUUUUAAAGGUAUUUGACAUAUUAAUAUCUUCUUAAUAAAUUUAAACACUUUUUUUGCCUUGUUUUUUUUUAUUAAAACUUAUCAGAAAAUUGUAACACAAAUAAUUUUUUUUUAAUUAAAGAAGAAUCUGGCAACCGUUUAUCACGUCUAUAACAGACUUGAGUGUCUGGUUUUUCUUUUAAAUGUUAACCUCACAAAAAUACACAUCCACUAUACUUUUCGCAAAGUAAAAACAAAAAUAUAUAGUAUAAUUUUUUUAAAGAAAACAUUAACCCAUCAUCAUUUUUCAAAAUUAAAUUUUCAAGUGUGUAAAAUAACUGGGUUUUGAUAUUCAUUUGUACACUUAUAUAAACGUACCCACGUUUUGUUGACGUCAUUGAUUUUUCUUAAUUUGUAAACAUAUGUUUGUUUUAUUAAAGGAGAAUGUAACAUCGCUUUUUUAACAAAUGUAAUGCCAUAGGAUUAAAAUGUAUCGCCACCCAGGUAAACAUGUACACAUCCCAUUUCCUACCUUUGACAUGUAUGUACCCAAGAAGGUAAAUUAUUUAUCAAAUUCAUUUCUUUAUUUUAAGACGUAUCUUGUGCUGCCUGGGGGCAAAAUGACCAACCCCACCCCCACCAACCAGAUUUAAAUAAAAUUAAUACAAUCUUCCCUUCCAUACCCAUACUAAUAUAUUUUACUCUUCGUAUUGUUUUUUUUCUUCUUAUUUUGAUGAGCUAUAAGUGGAUUAGUGAAUGCCAUUUGGCUAUUGAGUUUCUAUUAUGUUAUACAUUUAAUAAAAGUAUGAUUUUUGAAUUUAAAAAAGUAAAAAACUUAUUAAAUGUUAAAAAUACAAAGGUAAAAUUGGUGUGUUUUAUUAACAAUACAAAAGCAAUUAAAUAUGUUUGUUAAUUUUACUUUUAAGAAAGGACAUAUACAAUAUCAGUUUUGUAACGCUCGGUUAUUCACUCAAAGAACCUUAAGAGUUUUGGCUAAAAUAGGCGAUUCGCACUAUGACGUCAUUUGCGUGGUGAUCUAAAACUAAUUAAUCUUAACUAGUCGAUCCUCGACGUAGCAUAAGUCGCCCAAUUGCUCAUGAACUAUAUAAAUAUUCUCGUGUCCCAACCACUUUUAAACCAAUUAUUUUUUAAACAAUACUUCAAUUGAGACGAUUUCAGCUCCGAAAAGAAAAUAUUACGCAACAAACGCAAUUGCGUUAUUAAAAAAAAUAUAUAUAUCAUUUAGCGUAGUUAUCCGGAAUUAUAUUUUGCGCGCUAGUGAACUCAUUAUUUACCACAUUCUGGCGUAUCUAUAUAUAGCCUGCGUGGUGGUGUUUGACCUUUGCUGGCGAUUUAUAAAUUUAGAUUUUACUUCGUAAUUUCAACAACGCACUAAAAAACACACUUAAAAAUAACAGAUGUUUGGAAUUUUCCCGAUAAAUGUUAGUACAGUGUAAUUCUUUGACCAUCAUUUUUUAAAAUAUUUUUUUAAUAAUUUUCAAACUUUAAUUUAUAAUAAUAAUAAUACUUAAAAUAUUAUUAAAAUAAAAGCCGAUAUAUUAGAUUUAAUUCGAUUUCCUUAGAAUUAUAGAAAAUAACUAUAAUCGUUUUUAAGGUACCGAACGUAUUUAAAUCUUUUAGCUUCUUUGGCGUGACGGUCAGCAUAGCUCAUUCUUAUUUAUAUGUUGAUGUUUUUUAAAUUUUUUCUUGAUUAGUAGUUUUUCUCAAUACUUGUUGCCAUAUAGUAAUUUUAAUAAGUCAAAUCAGCUUGGAAUAUAUUUGGGUUAAGAUGAUGAAAUCUGUUGAUUUUUUUCCAAACAAGCUAUUAAAAUGGCUAAUUAUAAGGUAAAUUGUCCACAGCUCAAGGAACCGUUUCAAAGAGUCUCAAACUUCAGAGGGAUUAUCAUCCUUGGGUUUUGGUAAGUGACUAUAUUGAUAAACUGGCGUGAUUAGCAAGGUCUCGGUAAGGAAACAUGCAUGCGACCGCGACAAAGUCUCAAUUUAGGCACCCUAAUGCCUCAAUGAGUAAGAUAAAUUAAUAACCAUUUUGGCUUGAAGAUGGUGCUCCGGAAUGGGUGCCUCCCACCCCCUUUUUUUUUUGUUACCCCGCCCAUUGGCACGGCCAUGAUGUUGGGAAGUUGCUUUUCGAAGUUUGGGUUGAGGUAAGAGGAGUUAAGGUGCCAUAAGUCAGUGACUAGAGAUCAUCUGUACUUCUAAAAUCUCUCCGUGCAAUGAAUGUCGUAUUUUUUACUUUGAAAUAAGGAGUCUAAUCUUGUAAGGUGACAAGUGACAAUUUGGAUGGCGCGGCAAGGAAAACGUUUCUGCUUCUAGUUAACGGAAACGCCCUAUUCCCAGAAAUAUACAGAUGCAGGGCAGAAAGUAAAAGCUUACUGAGUGUACCGUAUAAUCCAAAUUUACCAAAAGUGAUCAGUAUAUCUUUGCCAGACAUACUAAAGGGGAAACAAAGUAAGAUAAAAAGAGUUUUAGAACAAAUAAGCUGUAAAAGAAGAUGGAAAAAGUGCUGUAGAAAUACAACCAGACAUUGAACUGUCAACAAAAUACUUUAGAAUAUCAUUUGAUAUAUUAGUAUUUGUUGGAAAAAAAAAGAUUUCACUGAAGACUGGCGGGAGGAUCGUCUGUUAAGCCUUUGAAAUUAAUGCGGUCUAAAAGAUUUCACUGAUUUUUAAGCCAUUGUUCGGCAAUCAUUAUCUUGAAAACUUUGAAAAAAGUAUUAUCUGAAAGAAUAAAAAAAAAAAAAACCAGUUGAUGGCGAAUUAUGGGACACAAUAUCUCACAUUUGGACCGAAGAGCCACCAGGUUUUGAAAUAUAAGUGAGCAGUGUAAUAAAGGCACACUAUGAACUGCAGUGUUAAUCAUGAGGGGAGACUAUCAGAGACUUUAGAUACAGAGUCGGGCGUGCGGCAGGGCUGUCUGAUGUCACAGUUCUUUUUACAACAGUCAUCGAUUUGCACAGUGAGAAAGGCAACAAAAAGUGGAAGACAUUAAUUGCAAUUUCCUUUUUUUUUUUUUACCAACAAACUACAGAUAUAUAAAUUGCACAUAAACUAGCCCUUUUAUCACAAACAAUUAAGAAAAUAAACAACAAAACUUAAAUGUUUGAUUGUGACUUGCUCACAACUAUUUGUUCAAUGAUUUCGUGAUUUGGUUUGUAAUUUAUGUCCACGUUCUUAAAUAAUUGCUUUAUCAAAAAAUAGAAGCAGCAUAGCAGAUGUUCAUAAUUGUUCCGUGUGCAGUAGUUCAUAACAUCUGGGGGCUCCCAUGGGAUCAAAUGUUACCACUACGUGCAGAAGCAGUUCAGUAGCUUCGUUUAAUCUAAGGGUAUUUAGUAACAACACAAAGAUCACUAUUACAAACCGUUCUCUUUUCUUGAACCGGGCUUCCACUAUCUCUCUGCGACUCGCUAACUACACAAACUUUAACAACGGAAUACUUCAUCUCUCCUACCCCCCCCCCCUAAAAAAAAACCAACAACAAAACAAACCACAUAAAAAAAAACAACACAAAAAAUCUCCACAUGAAAAACAUAAACAAAAAAUUAAAAAAUGCAAAACAAAAACAAAACAAAAAAAUCUGCGACUCGCUAACUACACAAACUUUAACAACGGAAUACUUCAUCUCUCCUACCCCCCCCCCCUAAAAAAAAAACCAACAUCAAAACAAACCACAUAGAAAACAGCUACACAAUUAAUCUCCACAUGAAAAACGUUUACUAAAAAUUGAAGAAUGCAAAACAAAAACAAAACAAAAAAAUUAGAUUCGAUGAACAAACCAGAGUCCUAUGCUAUUGAAACUAUUAAAAAGAUGCUAUUGAUUUAUUUUUCUACCACUACCUCCAGGCGUGGCAGCAUCGGCGUCAGAUACAAAGUUGUACUUAAGGCUGCCGAAAACAACAACCAAACGGUUAACAUCACAAAACUCAUCCAGGACAUGCAGGCGGUGAAGUCCAGGUUGAUGGCCAUCCCAGGUGUGGACCCAAACUAUGUCAAUCAAACGUUCGAUGGCGCCGUCACCAACUGUAAGAACAUCGGUCAUAAAUAA